CAGCAGUUACUCUGCAGCGAUGACGGAGCCCAAGUCGGUGUGCGUCUCGGUGGACGAGGUUGUCUCCAGUGGCAUGGAGGAGGCCGAGACGGACCUUCUGAAUGGACACCUAAAGAAAGUGGACAACAACCUCACGGAGGCGCAGCGCUUCUCCUCCCUGCCUCGGAGAGCAGCUGUGAACAUUGAAUUCAAGGACCUUUCCUACUCGGUUCCUGAAGGCCCGUGGUGGAGGAAGAAAGGAUACAAGACACUUCUGAAAGGAAUCUCAGGAAAAUUCAACAGUGGAGAGCUGGUAGCCAUCAUGGGCCCCUCAGGGGCCGGGAAGUCCACGCUCAUGAACAUCCUGGCUGGGUACAGAGAGACCGGCAUGAAGGGCGCAGUCCUCAUCAACGGCAUGCCCCGGGACCUGCGCUGCUUCCGGAAGGUGUCCUGCUACAUCAUGCAGGAUGACAUGCUCCUGCCACACCUCACCGUGCAGGAGGCUAUGAUGGUGUCUGCUCAUCUGAAGCUGCAGGAGAAGGACGAAGGCAGAAGGGAGAUGGUGAAGGAGAUCCUGACAGCCCUGGGCUUGCUGUCCUGUGCCAACACACGCACGGGGAGCCUGUCUGGUGGCCAGCGGAAACGCCUGGCCAUUGCCCUGGAGCUGGUCAACAACCCCCCGGUCAUGUUCUUUGAUGAGCCCACCAGUGGCCUGGACAGCGCCUCCUGCUUCCAGGUAGUGUCCCUGAUGAAAGGCCUCGCCCAGGGGGGGCGGUCCAUCGUGUGCACCAUCCACCAGCCCAGUGCCAAGCUCUUUGAGCUCUUCGACCAGCUGUACGUCCUAAGUCAAGGACAGUGUGUGUACCGCGGGAAGGUCUCAAACCUUGUGCCAUAUUUGAGGGACUUAGGACUUAACUGCCCCACCUACCACAACCCGGCCGACUUUGUCAUGGAGGUGGCCUCUGGGGAGUAUGGCGACCAGAACAGCCGCCUGGUGAGAGCCGUGCGGGAGGGCAUGUGCGACUCUGACUACAAGAGAGACCUCGGGGGCGAUGCCGAGGUGAACCCUUUCCUCUGGCACCGGUCCUCUGAAGAGGUAAAGCAGACAAAACGAUUGAAGGGGUUGAGAAAGGACUCCGCCUCCAUGGAGGGCUGCCACAGCUUCUCGGCCAGCUGCCUCACCCAGUUCUGCAUCCUCUUCAAAAGAACCUUCCUCAGCAUCAUGCGGGACUCGGUCCUGACGCACCUGCGCAUCACCUCACACAUCGGCAUUGGCCUGCUCAUCGGCCUGCUCUACUUGGGAAUCGGGAACGAAGCCAAGAAAGUCUUGAGCAACUCCGGCUUUCUUUUCUUCUCCAUGUUGUUCCUCAUGUUUGCCGCCCUCAUGCCCACCGUUCUGACCUUCCCCCUGGAGAUGGGCGUCUUCCUGCGGGAACACCUGAAUUACUGGUACAGCCUGAAGGCGUACUACCUAGCCAAGACCAUGGCCGAUGUCCCCUUCCAGAUCAUGUUCCCGGUGGCUUACUGCAGUAUCGUGUACUGGAUGACGUCACAGCCGUCUGACGCCGUGCGCUUCGUCCUGUUUGCCGCGCUGGGCACCAUGACGUCGCUGGUGGCCCAGUCCCUGGGGCUGCUGAUCGGGGCUGCCUCCACGUCGCUGCAGCCGGUGAGUCCCUCCCCUCAUGCCCAUGCUCACCUGCUCAGGUAUGGCUUUGAGGGUGUUAUCCUGUCCAUCUACGGCCUGGACCGGGAAGACCUGCACUGUGACAUCGAUGACACGUGCCACUUCCAGAAGUCGGAGGCCAUUCUGCGGGAGCUGGACGUGGAGAAUGCCAAGCUCUACCUGGACUUCAUCGUGCUGGGCAUCUUCUUCAUCUCCCUGCGCCUCAUCGCCUACUUUGUCCUGAGGUACAAAAUCCGGGCAGAGAGGUAAAGCACGCCGAUGCCACCAGGAGGCAAACCAGACACUGCGGCCACGGGACUGCUGAGCGACGGUGGCGUGCGCCGUGCCCGGGGACUCAGAGACCAUCCACCCAGCCUGGAAGCCAUGCAGCGUGGUGGCAACCAGGGCUCAUUGCUCUGCCUGACCGGGCUGAGUCUUCUCUCCUUUACCUUUUCUAGCUUGAACUAGGAAGAUGUAGGAAGGUUGGGAUUUUUGUUCUGUUCUGUUUUGUUUUGUUUUUAUGUGCAGAAUUCAGAAGACUGCCCCUGGGGCAGGACUUCAUACUGCAACACCGCUGGUGACAAGAGGCGUCCUUGGGAAGUCUCUCCUGGCACCCAGGCCUCCGCAGUCAGUCCCGCGUGGAUGGAGGGCCGUGGGCUGCUCCCGGGAGCUCGCGGGGGAGGGAGGGCCGGUCCUGGAGUAGACGUGACCGUGUAGAGACGCCUUCCAGUGACUUUGCUUCUCGCGAUUUCUUCUCAAUUUCACCUCUUUUCUGAGGAAGUCACUUUCUGAGCCAAAGUCGAUAAAUUUCACUUGUUUUUAAAAAGUUCUAUCUUUUUAGUAAUUGUUGAGGAGUAAUUCAGGGUAAAUAACACUUCGCUUAAAGCUAGACGGAGUUCGACCUAGCCACAGGGUGGCGCACUUUCAGGCAGCACUUGUGCACGGUUGGUGCGGGCUCCGGGUGGAGAGGUAGACGCCAUCAUGUGAGCCAUGCUCAGAUGGAGUCGAUUGAGAGUCUUAAGAGGAUACUGGCCAACUCUUUCAGGAGUUUUCCUUUCUCAUGUGCUUCUUUAGUUAUGCAAAAUCGCCUCCUUCUUCCUAGCUUUCUGACCACCUUCCUUUUGCUCAGAAUGUGCAGGAGAUCAGCCCCAGUGACUUAGGGGACCAUUUACCCUCCAUUCUGUCACAUCAGCUACCUCCACUGAGCCUGUGUCUGAGCGCUGGGCCACAGGGUGGCCGGGGCAGCGUGAGCCACAGUGGCCAGGAGGCGGACAGGCCGGUGGAGGUCACCUUUAGGAGAAUGCUGCCAUCUCCUACCACAAUACCGUUGUCCCAGAGUCGAGGUCUCUGGUGACAGAAUGUAUUUGUUUGUGAGCAGAUCCGUUGGCCUCUUUGAGUCUCAGCACUGGGUCACGUUCAAGGUGGUUCUAGCUUGGAGGUGUCCUUCUGGGCGUGCUUGGCUGUGUCCUGAGCAAGGGAAAGCUCUGCAUUUUCCUUCCACGUGGACUUGGUUUGAAAAUGCUCAGAGCUUCUUUUUUAUUUUGUUCAUUUUCAGAUUUUUUUUUUUUUUUUUUUAGUAAUCACAAUCGAAAUGCACAUUACAGAGUCAUGCUAAGUUCACAUGCUCUCUACAAACAUGGGGUUGGCCUUCUAGCUUCAGUUUAACCAGGGACAAACUUAGCCUUUAUAAAACAGUCGGCGCAGAGGCGGGCUGUGCGGUGAUGGCUGUGAGGAGAACAUGGCGGUGACCUCACCUCGGGGCCCCAUGCGUGGGCCCACACGGAACCGUCCAUGUGUCCAGGCCCGGGCAGGCAGCUUUGGUCAUGGCUCUGAUCAGGGCAGACUUGUAAGCCAGGAUCUACUAGGACUGUGCUGUGCGCGCUACCAUCCCUACUCCAAAGAUGGCUUCCCUGGCCCUGAGAGCGAGGGCUGCUUCUCAGCCUUUUCAGAAAAACCUAGAGAUGCUUCUAGGUGUCUGAGAUGUCUGAGGGCACCAGGUCCUCAGGAGCUCUGUCCUGGGCCUUCAUGCUUCCAUGGGUCCUGUUUCUACUCCAGAUGCAGUGUAGUUACCCUUGCACAGACAAGAGUGUGAUCAGAGGGGCGGAGCCUGGGGACACCAGGCCGAAGGCCGCUGGCAGACACGGUGACCCAGGGCUGUUUUUAAAGCAUGCUGACCAAAGCAGCUUGGGGUGGGGGCUGGAGGUUCCCCCCGUUCACACCCCGUGGGGCAGUGUUGCUCGCCGGCUCUGGUGGGCUAGAGAAGAGCCAGGGCUCUGCUGGGGGAGCUGCGUCCCGGCCCCGCUCCCCGCAUCGCACGCACGGGCCCGCCGCGUCUCCCCGGGCAGGGUGGACGGGACGCCGGUGUCGGCACCUCUACGUCCAUCAUUCCCUCUGCUUUCUAGUUUUCGGAGUUGUUAAAAUGCCUUACUCAGUGCCCCAAGGGAGCAAUCCUCGCUUGCUGCUUUUUCCCAACCUGGGGUCCAACCCCAAACCCCCCAGUUCCUCCCAGGGAACUUCGUAUUGUGAGGCUCUCCACCCACAGGAGGGCUUCAGCCUUGGGGGAGGCUGCACGGUCUCCAGGGUGGUUGGCACAGGCGCGUGGAGAUCCCCAAAUGCGGCUACGGGGCAGGAGAGAGCUCGACGCGCCGGGCCGCCCCGCGGCCUGCACCCAAGCCUCUGACUGCCUCGCCAUCUUCUACUCCUCCUCAAGUCCAUGGGGGAAUUGAGUGGCCAGUGGUCCCUCGGGGGGGGGGGGCAGUCCAGGACAGGGAUGGCCAGUGAACACUGCUUUUGUCCCCUUGAGUGGCAAUCAGGACCAGGGAAUGGAACAUAAAGCUUUGAGGGGAAAGGUCACCCCAGAAACCUGGAGCCUCUUUCAGAGCAGAAGCUGCCUCUGGGUGUCUCCAAAGGAAGAAAAAAGCCCUAUAGCAUUCAGCACCUUGUGCAUAGUUCCUUGUGGAAGGUUCUAGAUGCUGUGCUAGAUACCCUACAGGCUCCUCUGUUCAUUUACCCGCUCACCAGACCUCCACUGACCCACCCAAGCCUGGCUCCGGGCCCAUGCUCAGCCUUCGCGCUCUGCAUCUCACGGACAGACGGACAUGCGGCUCCGGUGGCGGGGCCCCACAGCCCACCAGGGGCCCCGAGCCAGGGAAGGGCACAGGGGACCCCAUUCCAAGAUCCACUGCAGUCCCUGAACUUUGGCUUGACUGAGCUGCCAGUGUUCAUCACACACACACAUGUUCUAGAAAAUUCUUUGGCAGGUGUGGCAGCUGUCCCGUUCCUUUCUCUGCCACCAGGCACGGAGGGAUGAGGAGGCGUCCCAGCCCUGCCCCCAGCUCCUCAGCGCCUGCGCUGGGUGUCGCUGGCUGGCCUAGUGGCCCCGGGCUGGACUCACCCCUGUGUCGGUGGCUGGUGUGAGCAUCCCGGGGACACGAGUAGAGCAGCGUGGCUCCGGGGAGAUGCGCAUCUGUGCAUGUGUGAAUCUCUACCCAUACAUCUGUCCACAUGGGCGCAAGGCCGCUCUGGGCAUGCGUGCUCGUGGUGUUAUUCAUCUCAGAAGCAUACCAGCAUCAACCUUCAUUGUCCUUCUCUCCAAGAAGGACAGAGAAUGUUCUUUCAUUUUGUGCCUGUGGUGCAGACCAUAGAAAUUGGGAUGGGCGCCUUUUGUCAAAUGCCAGCUGAAGUAGAACACGACGUAAGACAAUACCCAGCGGGGCCGAGGGGGGUGCAGAAUGCGUAUUCGAAGCUAGAGACUUUUAAGAAAUAAAGACUGCUAAUAAAGUAUUUUGUAUAAACCUUUUCCCCUGUGCUGCAAGGAUUGGCUUCCGU